AAAUACGCCCAGGCCUACAGAUUUUUUUCUAUAAAAAGCAGUUUUUUCGCUUUCCUCAUUAGUUCGACUUCUGACUUCAGACAAAUAAUACCACAACGUUCGUUUUAAAAAAUAUUAUUAUGGCAAAAUUCAUGAUUAUCUUUGUCACUCUCUUGGCUUUUGCUGCAAGUUCACCAUUAUAUGGCGGAUAUGGAAAUGGCCAACAAAGUCACGGACAACAAGGCGGUCAUCUCUUGGGACAAGACGGUCACGGACAACACGGCUAUGCAGGACACGAAAGCCACCAUGGAAAUCAAUUUGGACAAGGUGGUCAUGGGCAGCAGGGCUUCGGACCACAUGAAGGUUAUCAAGGAGGUCUCUUCGGACAAGAUGGCCAUGGACAGCAGGGUUUUGGUGGACAUAAAAGCCAUGGAAAUAUCGUAGGACAAGGCGGUCACGGGCAACAUGGAUACAAUGCUCACGGUCAUGAGGGACAUACUCAAGAAGAAUGUGAACGUGCUGGACAUGGUCAUGAUCAUCGUGGACAUGGACAUCGUUAUUAAGUAGCUUUUUUAUUAAAAUAAAAUUAAGAUUUAGAAUAUUUUAAAA